AUGACUGAUUGUACUAGGCCUAAUAUUGCAUAUGCAGUAGGAGUACUUGGCAGGUUUACUAGCAAGCCAGGCUUUUCUGAUGCAGAUUGGAACACUUUAUCAGGUGAUUCCUGUUCUACCACUGGUUAUGUUUUUACUUUGGGUGGUGGUGCUAUUUGUUGGAGAUCAAAAAAGCAAACUAUAAUUGUUAACUCUACCAUGGAGGCUGAACUAAUUACUUUAGCUUCAGCUAGUGAGGAAGGAAUUGGUUAA